UACACAUUUGGGUGGUGGUGUAGGCGAUGUCUUUUUAAUUAAAUCAUAGUAAUUCUCGUCAGCACUGUAUUUUUCUUUAUAUGUGUUUACAAAGAUGCACCUCAACGAAUUUGCUCGCGACAGACGUUGUCAUCAGCCUGUCGUGUGUUUGUGUGUAUGUAUUAACCGUCCUUUUGCUAAAUUAAAAUGCUGACUGCUUGUGUUUCAGUGCAGUCGUGUGUUGUUUUGUCCUACAUAAAAAAUAAAUUAAUAUCGAAUGCGUUUACUGGCGCAUUGUCAUCUUUUUGUAUUUCUGGACGUGAGUGUAUGUUACAUGACUUUCUAUAUAUAGCACAUUAUUAAGUGUUACAACGCUAGUUUAUAAGGGCAUAACGUUUUAUAUUGUGUAUGUUGUUUGUUUACAAAGACUUAAUAUAUAUUCGUGACGCUCGAGUCGCGCACGACGCGAGUCGAAAACAAACGCGUUGUCAUGGCAGCGCUGCGUUUUGAAAUUUAACAAACUUGUCGGUGCACAGUGUGCAGCUGUUGAGUACGUGUGCUUGACUCCUGACCUCAGACUUAUUUUAGCAUCAAGUCAGGUCAUGUUUGCAGCUUUUAAGGGCACGACGUCCAACUGACGAUUUUAUCUUUAAACUUUGUUUCUAUGUUAAACAUUAGUCGCCUUAAAAGAAGCGAUCACUUCCACCCACUGUAGGCGUGUCAUAUUUUCUUGUCUGAAAGGAUUAAAAACAAUAGGAUCCGGAUAGACGGGACAAAGGCAAUGGGACGCUUUCAGUCUUGACCCAUGAGGCCGCAGGUUAAGUGACCCAUUCAUGGAUGCUCUGCUUCCGUAGUCAUUGGAGAACUGGGAUCGAAACCGGAGAGAAGGCCCUCUCCUGUUUGACCUCUAGAUCUGGACAGACCCUUCUUAUCUGAGGUGAGAUGGAGUCAGAGGAGAGAGAAGGACGCAGUUUGGUGGAGGUGAUCAGUGAAAAGUACAACACUGAUAAUUUUCCGUUCUGCCGUGGGCCAGGGGUUGGAGUAGUGAUCCGGUCGAGUCCUCAGGGCUCACCUGUCAAAGAUCGUCUAAAUCUGCCCAGAAUCCUGAUCCUGGACGGCUGUGGAAUCACAGAGGCAGGAGAUGAGGAAGAGGUGUCUGCUUUCUGUGCUCACGUGGUAGAGCUGGACCUCUCUCAUAACCAGCUAAAAGAUUGGGGAGAGAAGGGGAGGCUGCAGACCUGGAGCAGGCAGAUAAGUAAGAUCCUGUCUAAUAUUCCUAACCUGGACUUUCUCAAUCUGAGUAUGAAUCCACUGAGAGGGUCAAGUCUGGAGGCAGGAGCGGCUGAAGCGUUCUCAGGCCUCCGCCGCCUCGUCCUUAAUAACACACAUGUGACCUGGGAUAUGGUGCACACGCUGACAAGAGAGACCCCGGAACUUGAGGAGUUGUUUCUAUGUCUGAAUGAGUUUGAGACCGUAAGCUUGUCAUCUGCACCGUGCCCAUCCCUGCGGCUGCUGCAUAUCACAGAUAACCAGCUACAGGACUGGGCGGAGGUGCGCAAGCUGGGCCUCUUGUAUCCUGGCCUGGUCUCUCUCAUCCUGGCCAACAACUCUCUUUUAUCAAUCCACGAACCCAGUGACUCCCUGCAGAGACUCUUCCCCAACCUGCGCAGCAUUAAUCUACACAACUCAGGUCUCGCCCGCUGGGAAGACAUUGAGAAACUAAAUUUCUUUCCAAAGCUUCAUGAGGUCAGAGUUCAGGGAAUUCCUCUACUGCAGCCAUAUACAGAUCAGGAAAGACGAUUCCUCACAGUCGCACAGUUGCCUGCUGUGGCCGUAUUGAACGGCAGUGUCAUCACUGAUGGAGAGAGAGAGGACGCAGAACGUUUUUUUAUCCGCUACUAUCUGGACUACCCUGAGGACGAGUUGCCACAGAGGUACCAGACUUUGGUAGCACGCUACGGUCGCCUGGCUCCGCUCGCAGAGGUGGACCUGCGACCUCCCUGUCAUGUCCAAGUAGACUUGCGUUUUGGAGAUCAUGCAGAGCCCCUGGAGCUCAGACUGGAUCAAACGGUGGCCGACCUUAAGAAGCAGUUAAAAUCCGUGCUCCAGUUACCUCCAAACAAGAUGCGCAUGUACUACAUUGGCCGUCACCUUGGCUGUGCGCUACAUCCCCAAGAGCUCAAAUAUGGAGGUAGAGCACUUCAUUCCUACAGUAUACGGGAUGGAGAUGAGAUCUUGGUGGUGCCCAAGACACAGUGACGGAAACCAUCAGAUCAAUCGUUUGCGAGGAGCGCUUGAGAUGUUUCUCCGUAGCUAAAGCAGAAGGGAUUUCAUCUGUGCAGUGACACGGUACAUCAGUGUUGCGAAUUACAACAGAGAGAGGAAGCCUACCUGGUUAUCUGCAAACCCUUGGAUCUGAAUAAAACCCUUUUGCUGUUUUCAGAUGUGUGAAUGCUAAAAAAUGGUGUGGACUUUUAAAAAAGUUUUAUUCACAGUAGUUUUUUUUUUUUUCGUUUAUCAGACUGCUUCUCAGGAAUUACCCACAACCCCAUACCUUUUUAAAGUGUAUAAAGCACCUUUUUACCAAUUAGGAGUCUUGAUGACAAAAAACCAAAGUACAAAUUCCAUAUAAAUAUAUAUAUUUAGUUUCACAAACUACAUAGUCAGAUUCCUUGCACCUAGUUUUCUUGUGUUCAGGUAGGUAUACCCAAAUAUCUAUACGCACUAUAUGUGGUAUUUGUUUAAAUAUAAGCUCUCGGUCCUGCUGUCUAGAUUCUUGAACCAUGUUCAUAACACUUAUAGGAAAAACUGCAAAUAUUGGAUAUAACUAGCGUCUUUGUAAAGAAAUUGCCAUGAGUGGAACUGUAAAUUAUAGAAAAAAAGCGAACCAAGAACAGGACACGCACUGACUUUGAAAUGUAUUCUUAGUGAGAUAUAAGUGGCAGACGUGUAGGAUUGAUGGAAAAAGCUUUACUUCAAAUCUAGCAGCCAAUAAUGUUUGCCAUUUAUGUCUAAACCCCAGUUUUCAUCUGGUAUUAAGAUUUGAUCGUGGAUUUUGGGUGUUUUGGUCAAUCGGAUCACAAGUGGAUGAGACAAACAGGUUCCCAUUCAGUUGGCGAUAUAAAAGCAAUCCAGUCAAAUGCGCUUUCGACUACCUCUGUAUGUGGUUGAAAGACCCUGUUUACACCUGUAUUUAUCAUCAUCCACUUGUGAUUCGAUCGACCAAAAUGCAUCUUAAAGGGAUAGUUCACCCCAAAAUUAAAAAUUUACUCACCCUUAUGUUGUUACAAACCUGUAUACAUUUCUUUGUUCUGAUGAACACAAAUGAAGUCAUUUUAACCAAACCGAUCAGAAGCCCCAUUGACAUCCAUAGUAGGAAAAAGAAUACUGUGGAAGUCGAUGGGGCUUGUGGUCUAUUUGGUUACAAACAUUCCUCAAAAUAUCUUCCUCAGAACAAACAAAUGUAUACAGGUUUGUAACAACAUGAUGUUAAGUGAAUUAAUGCUCAUUUUUGGGUGAGCUAUCACUUUAAUACCAGGUGUAAACAGGGCCUAAAUCUAAAUUCAUUGCGCUUUCUUCAUAUUGUCACUUUUAAAAGCAUGCAUUUGUUGUGGCUGGGUAUGUAUACUUGUGGCGUUCAGAAAUAAAGUUUGUGAAUGAUG